GGCUAGUAGUGUCUUCCCCUGGCGGUACCAAAGCGUGGCGAACAGACAAAGACAUGGACCGGAGGUCGUACAGAGCUCAAGGUGGGAGGAGGUCCAGACACAGCUUCACUGACUGUCACUGUCCUGGGGAGGGUGCCCGCUGGAGGCCUCUUGCGUCACGAUCUCUCCCCCCUUCUCCAAAGUCCCAACAACCAGCUGUACUCCGAUCACGUUCCCCAGGACGUGGCCCCUCGCCAUCCUUCAGGAAGUGGCUUGAGGGCCAGCUUUUACGAAUGCGGGCAGUGCAGGGUGGCAAUCAAUAUCUUCCACAGACGAACUCUGCACCGCAGAUGGGGGUUUCCAAGUUUCAGGAUUACACUCCAAGUGAGCGUUUCUACUGUCCAUUUGACGAUGGUGAAGAUGACAACGAGAACACUGCACCUGUAGGCAGCUAUGGAGGUCCUGCUGCGCUAUAUUCAGCAUCCAAUGAACAGAGGGACGUCAAUAAUGUUCAGUUGAGAGUCAGGGGGGGAGAGGAACAAACAACGAGCAGCAACCGGCGACUGUCAUGCAUAUCGAGGGAGCAGCUCUCUGCGGCUGCUGCCGAGAGAAGACGAGAAUCACUCAAGGCACAGGCGAUGCAGCGGCUGGUUGAUAAGAGGAUGCGGCAUGAACAGAUUGUGAGACACAUGAGAGAGGAGAAAAUCAGGGAAGAUCGGUGCAGACGCCAGAAGCUGUUGGAGCGCCGACAUAUGAGGAUAUCGCAUGUUGUCUUGAAGGAACUGUGAGUAUUCAUUUCCCCCAACAGGAAAGAACAACCUACGGACUCUAUCCAGCUAUGGAAAGCAUAAAAAAAUAUCGUGACCAACUUUGGAAUACAUGGGGGGAAAGAGAUCGACUUGCAUCAUUCCAAGUGAACUGAAUAGAAAUAUUAAGAUUAUAAUUUAUAAAUGCUAUAUUACAUGCCCCUGAACAAAGACAAACCCAGUGA